UUGUCUAUUUAGUGUUUCAUGCCAUAAUGUUAUACGAUACAACUGACUGUAAGUUCAUCUUCCUUGUUUCAGCUUAAUCAUCUAUCUAUAUUCAACGAGUACUGAUAGAUAUUCAAGUACAGUGACUCAAACGGACUUAAAUGUAGGAAGAGUGGUGGGAAACUCCGGCAAUCUUAAAGAAAAAAGAUUCGGGUGCUGUGCCGAGGAGGGAAUUAAUCAAAAAUGGAUGUUUUAAAAUUCUGUUGGUUCUUGAUUUUGUUUCUAGAGCCUGUUUAUUAUACGGAAGCUGUAGAAAGAACAGUGACUACUAAAGUAGGAUCUAUUAAAGGCAAAAUUGUUACAGUCCAGUUACCUGAUGGAACAAGUAAAGAAAUAGCAGAGUUUUUAGGAAUUCCAUACGGUGCUCCUCCCGUCGGUGAUCUUCGUUUUGAAAAAUCUGUUCCUGCUGCUAAAUUUAAUCAACCAUAUGAUGCGUUAAACUAUGGAUUACCAUGUCCCCAGCAUUACAAGAUUGACAAUAUCUUUACUAUAGCACCGCCGCCAUUGACGAGUGAGGAUUGUUUAAAAUUAGAUAUCUAUUCUCCACAGACGAGUGGAUCUAACAUAUAUCCCGUCAUGCUUUUUUUUUAUGGUGGAAGUUUUACUCAAGGACAAUCAUCGAUGUACAAUGGACAGAAUCUGGCAGCGUAUGGGGAGGUUGUCAUGGUAACAAUCAACUACCGUGUUGGGCCUUUUGGAUUUUUAUCAACGGGAGAUGACGAGGCUCCGGGAAAUUAUGGCUUGUGGGAUCAACACCUUGCUAUCAAAUGGGUGAAGAAUAAUAUUCAUAGUUUCGGUGGAGAUGACUCGCGUAUUACCAUAUUUGGUCAGUCUGCUGGGGGAGUAAGUGUUGCGUUUCAGACACUUUAUUCGGGAAAUAAAGGCAUGUUCCAAAGAGCUAUCACAGAAAGCGGACCUGCGAAUGCUAAAUGGGCUACCAAAGACGAAGCAACCGCUUUCUUUGAUGCUAAAAAAUUAGCACUGAAAUUUAACUGUACACUUCCCCAGAAACAAGCUAGCAGUGAAAUUGUAAGAUGUCUGAAAUCUGUUAAAAAUUUCUCUUUGCUGGCCAUGUAUGCAUCUGAUGACAAUGGUUUUAGUUGGGGUCCGAUGAUUGAAAACGAUUUCAUUAAAAAUCAAGAAAUCAUAACCGUAGGUCAAAAGCCACCAUCUUCCAAGGCUUUCUUUCAGAAUUUUGACAUGAUCAUAGGUACGAAUGGCUAUGAAGGUCAUUUUGUUAUGAGUGUGAUGUAUCAAUCAGUUUUAGCUCAUCUUAAAACGGUGCCAAUCGGCAUGUUGAGGACAGCUAUGAGAGGAAUAUUAGAGACCUCAAUCAAGUCUCAAUCACCUAACACAAAAUCCUUGCAAGCAAUGGUAGACGCCGCUAUGUUUGUGUACAGCAACGCUGAAAAUCCGAAUGACAUAAAUUUUAAUUUGAAACAAAUCAACGAUUUUGUCACUGACAAUGUCUUUUUCAUGGCGGCAGUGCAAGAUGUGGUCAGUCAUGCGUACAUGAACAAUAGAACCAAAACAUACCAAUAUGAAUUCAAUCAUGCGUAUCCAGCACUUCCUCCUGGAAAUGAAUGGCUGAAAGGAGCGACACAUGGUGGUGAACUACCCUUCGUUUUUGGAUUCCCUUCUACCUUGCCAGGAUAUGAACCUCAAAUAGCCAAAAUGGCGUGGCCCUUUUCUAAGAUAGUUAUGGAUUAUUGGACAAACUUUGCUAAAACAGGGAAUCCGAAUAAACCAAGAGAUGUUGCAACAGAAUGGAAGGCAUAUAAUUCUAAGGAUGAAGAUUAUCUCUACUUUCCCAUGACGGGAACCACAGAAGCUGGACGUUAUUUACAUGCUCGUAGAAAAAACUUCUGGUUAAAUUAUUUACCUCAGAUUGUUAGCCGUGGAAUAGAAUCGGGUACAAAGCAUGUAACUUGUGAACCUACUUCAUCUAGUAAUAUGAUUAUGUUUUCUAGUUUACUUUAUUCAGUAUUAGCCAUUCUAUCUCUACUAAUUUGGUAACAUUAUUGCAAUAUACAUAACAUAUUCAAGAACGUAUACUGCAAAACAGUUUGCAUACUUAAAAAAGAAAACGAAAAUGUAACGAAAACGAUGUUAUCUUAGGGUGGAGUUGGAAUGGACGCAAAGUUUACCCCUGAGUUAUUGAACAUUGUCAUAUACAGUGUUUAUAUUAGCGACAUGUAUGGAUCUGUUAGUUUUCAAAGAUGUUUAAUAAAUUAUAAGAAUUUUUUCCCCUUUUUUAACAUGGAAAAAUCUUGUGAACGUUCUAUAGUAUAAAUAAAAAAUCUUUUAAAUUGUAUGAGCAAUAUUGACAUUAUUGAGCCUAUUAUUUAUGGAGUUUUAUUUACAUUCAACAAUGCUUGUAUUUUUACUCUUAAAAACUUUACUGUAGAGUUCAUAAAGUUCAGAUAACGAAGAUGAUUUCAAAUUUGACGAGAAAUGAAAUGAACAGGCAUUAAAUUUCCGAUCGAAUCAAGCUCCGAAUGUGUCUAGAUUCACUUCAACCAUUCCCUUGGAUCUUCUUUGAAAAUUAUGUGCACGUAUAAAUUUAAAUCAUUGUGGCUUUAUAUUGUGUAUAAUAGUUUAUUUAUAUAU